CAACAUUUUUUAGCUAUGGGUGAUUAUCUGAAUAUUACAGUACUGCGAGGACGAGGAAAUAACAAAUGCCCAUCUAACGUAUGACAGUGGUUUGCUCGUUCCUGUUACAACGUGCGGCACUGUUACAAUUAUUUCAUAUUUUUCCUAAGUAGUAGCUAGUUCACGCCUGCUGAAACAUGCCCCGCUGCUUAAUUAAAUCGAUGGCGAGGUACAGAAAGACUGACGACUCUUCAGAAGAGACUGAACUGCCAUGGAUGCCUCCCUCUUCCUCACUGGACACGAAGAAGAAGCACCAAACCAACAACAGUUCAACUAAAUGCAAUAACAUCUGGACCUCGUCGAAGCUUCCAAUUGUAACACGAUAUGCAUUUAACAAAGAGAACAACAUGUUAUGGAAGAAUGAAUUGGGUAACGGAGAAUUGUACAUGAAUUUCUGUGAUAUCGAAAAUGCAUCCGGCAGCAGCGUCCCUGCUCCUGCUAAUCAAACAAUCACGAUGGACUCUGCUAACGCAGAUCAACCGAUAGAAAAGAUACAGAUAUCCUUACCAAAGAAAGUAGAUUAUGUCAAUAUGGAGAACGACGAGAUUAAAGUAGCUGUGAAUCUAAGCAGAACGUUCGACGAGAAUCAAACGACUUCUCUUUAUCUCCCUAAUCCGACCAAGAAACAGACCGACACGCAGGAUCAAUUUAUAGAUGGGAAUAUUAAAACUGGGACGGAUAAUGGGCAGAAUUGGAAACGGAAUAAGACUAUGCAUUAUUGUCCUUAUUGCCGUAAGAGUUUCGAUCGUCCCUGGGUGCUGAAGGGACAUUUACGUCUUCAUACCGGCGAACGACCGUUCGAAUGUCCGGUCUGCCAUAAAUCAUUCGCUGAUCGAUCGAAUUUGCGUGCGCAUCAAAGGACACGGAACCACCAUCAGUGGCAGUGGCGUUGCGGCGAAUGUUUCAAGGCAUUCUCGCAGAGGCGAUAUCUGGAACGCCACUGCCCUGAGGCUUGCAGGAAAUACAGGAUAUCUCAAAGAAGAGAGCAGAACUGUAGUUAAGAGAUAUAUUUUAUUUCCUUCAUCUGUAAACAUGCAUAUUUGUAUGCAGAAAUGUGUAAUGUAAUAUAUAAUUGUA